AUGGUGGUAAGCAAGCCUAACCAGUGUAAACAAUGGCUAUCAGCAGCAACUGAAUGGUGGUGUAAUACUAAUUUUCAUACAGGGUUGAAGUGUACCCCUUUUAAAGCUCUUUAUGGGUAUACACCCCCUCAGCUAUGUAUCGGACCUUUAUUAGAAAAUGUAGUGCAAGUUGCUGAAGAUGUGAUCAUACAGUGGCAACAAUUUUUACAAUUACUCAAGGAUAACUUACAUGCAACUCAAGCCAGGAUGUUGUUCUUUGCUGAUAAUAGAAAGACUGAUAGAGAGGUUGCAGUGGGCGAUUUAGUAUAUUUGAAGUUGCAGCCAUACAAACAAACAUCAUUAGUACUAAGGAGGAACCUUAAGCUCAACUCUAAAUAUUAUGGUCCCUAUUUGGUUAUUGCUAGGAUUGGUAAUGUGGCUUACAAACUAGUAUUACUACCUGAAUCUAAGGUCCACCCUAUUUUCCAUGUCCCAUUACUCAAAAAGAAAGUGGGCAAUCGUGUAGUGGUUAAAUCAUCUCUUCCUAACAGUGAAGCUGAUGGUCAGUUCAUCAUGCAACCAGUUGCCAUUUUGCAAAGGCAAAUGGUUAAGCAGAACAAUGUUGUUAUUGUAAAGAUGUUAGUUCAAUGA